AUGAAUCGAGGAGUUGGAAAAAAACUAGUGACAAUGUGGUUCAUCAAGCUUCUCUUAGCUAUAUGCUUCAUGACCCUAUGUCUAUUUCACUCGUCCCGAGCUCAAAAUUCUCCUCGAGACUUUGUGAGUGCUCAUAACGUGAUUCGUGCCACCGUCGGGGUCGGUCCGCUAGUUUGGAACCACACCUUGGCUUCCUAUGCUCAGAAUUAUGCCGAUGAAAGGAUAGGUGACUGCAAAUUGGAACAUUCCUAUGGACCAUACGGUGAAAACCUUGCUGAAGGCUAUGGCAACCUUGAUGGCGCCGACGCAGUGAAAAUGUGGGCUAGCGAGAAGCCUGACUACGACCACGGUUCCAACCGGUGCAAGAGUGGUGGUGACGACUGCCUGCACUAUACUCAAGUUGUUUGGAGCAAGUCGGUUCACCUCGGGUGCGCCAGAUCCCAGUGUGCAAACGGAUGGAUUUUCGUUAUUUGCAGUUAUGAUCCUGUUGGAAACGUUGAGGGUGAACGUCCUUAUUAA